AUGGAGAAACAGACGCUCUCCUACAUCUUGGAUCGCUUUAGCUUAACGGAGAAGGCUAGCAGUUUUCUGGAAUCAAAGCUUCAUCCCAAAGCUGGUUCCUUCUUCCGGACGGUGGACCGAAUCCGAUACGACCGGGAACUGCUGGAGAAAGCUCAAGGCUUCGCGGAAGCUGGAAACAUCUCGCAAGAGCAGGCCAUGGAGCUGUGGUCUGAUGCCGUCGAUGGGGAUCAGAUCAUUGACUGCGGGGUGCGAACCCUACAGUAUGUCAUUGAGAACUUCUCGAUCAGUGAAGGCGCUCAGACGUAUCUGGAAGGAGAGCUCAAAGCCGCUGCUGCUGAUGAGGUGGCAGAUGCUUUUGACGUGAUCUCCCCAGGCUAUGGGAGCCCACCACCCUCCACUCCCAAGGCUUCGCGGGCCUCAGCGGUGUCCACCGCGCCCUCCGAGCCGGCCACCCCGCGCGCCACGGCGUCGCGGGCGUCGUCGCCGAAGGCAUCCACACCGGCGGCCUCACCAAAGGCAGCACCCAAAGCGGCUACGCCCAAAGCUACUCCCAAAGCUACUCCCAAGGCUGCUACACCCAAGGCUUCUCCAAAGGCGGCCACACCCAAGGCAGCUACGCCCAAAGCGGCCACACCCAAAGCAGCCACACCUAAGGCCACCCCCAAGGCUGCCACACCAAAGGGGACCCCAAAGGCCAGUGUCACUCCAAAAGCCACCCCAAAAGCCACACCCAAGUCAGCCCCACAGGAGCCCGAUGAUCCACCAGAACCAUCGCCGAAAGUGGCCAAGACGGCCACGCCCAAAUCCACCCCGAAAGCAUCUCCCAAGGCCAAGGCGAAGGCGGCGCCCGCCGCGCCCGCCGCGGAUGCAGCGGAAGCAGAAGCGCCCACACCGGCGUCCAAAGCAAGCCCGAAAGCUUCGAGCCCGGCGCCCACCCCGCCGCGGACACGAAUCAGUAGCAAGUCACCACAGCCACCUGAGAUCCCGCUGUCUCCAGAGCUGCCGAGCUUUUCGAGUGCGGCAAAGCGACAAGGGUCUCCCAGUCCUCCAAGAAGCAAAGAAAAACCAGCUGAGGCAGAGGCCCCAGCAAAGGAAGCCUCAGUUGAAGAGGAGCCGCCUGAUGUGUGGCAACAAGAGAAGAAUGCUAUGGAGGCCUUAGAGAAGGCCAAGCUGGCUGACCAGCGGCAAGCGGCGCUGGAGCAGGAGAUCGAAAAGCUGGCGCGUGGCUUUGAGAGAGCCCAAGCGGCGGCCGACAAGGCACGGGUGGCAGCGCGGUCUGCCGCGGAGGCCGCGGAGCGCGCCGGGAAGGAGAAGCACCUCUUGGAGCAGACGCUGCAGGGCAAGAGACAAGAGGCAGAGGAAGCGGCAAAAGAGGCUCAACGGAAGACGGAGCUGGAGAAGGCUUUGGUUGAGGCCAAGAAAAGGCGAGAGCAAGCAGAGGCUGCGCCUGCGGCAGCGCCCAAAGCGCCUGCGGUACCCGAGGCGAAGGGCGCCCCAAAGAAGCGGGGGAGACCGCCAAAGAGCUUGCAGCGGUGA